AUGGGCUCAGGGAUGAGCCUUGUUANAUUGCCAAAUGGUAUUUAUUGUUAAUUAUUAUUUAGUUAAUCCUGAUCGUACAAUACUUAGAAUAUGUUAGAAACCUUUAUUUGAAGCAUCAGGAACACUUAUCUUAUAAGGAUAAUUCAGUAAUCAUUAAGGGAAAGAUUUAAAACCAUUGUUUAAAUCAAAAGGAAGUUGCUUUUUAGAGAACUUAAAGCAAAAGUGA